UAAAGACAGGAGCUCUUAACCCUCAGCAGGUACCUUACUAAUGUAGGAUGGUGAGUUGUGAGCAUAGAUGGCAGAGUUGAGGAAAGGGGGCAGAGUCUAUAAAAGGGGGGCGGAGAAUUCACUCAGGUCUUUCUCUCUGAUGCAACACACCUGAGAGCAGCAUGCAGCAGAGGCCUUUGUGUGGUGCAAUUUAACACUCAAGACAAAAUCCUGCAUAGAGUCACGACACAAGUCACCUCCAUCCACCUGCAGAAGUGAGAGAAAGGAGUGGGUGCCUGUGCUUUGACCAGACGUUUCAACAAAAUGAGAAUACUUUUACUUCUGAGUGUAAUAUUGACGGUAUCUGAAGCUCAGAAUGACUGUUCUCUUGGAGCGUGUUACCCACCAAUCAAUGACCUGCUCCUGGGCAGAGCUCACCUGCUUCAGGCUUCCUCCACCUGUGGCCUCACAGGCUCUGAGGUCUACUGCACCCCAUAUCAGCAGAGGAGGAUGAAGUGCUGCCCGUGUGACUCAAGGAACCCAAACGGCCAGCUGGCCCACACGGUUCAGGAUGUCCUGGCAUCUUCUGGACCAGACAGAUGGUGGCAGUCCAGGAAAGAGGUGAAUCCAGUCACUCUCCAGUUGGACCUCAAAAACCUGUUCCAGCUCGACAACUUGAUCCUCAGCUUCAUGGGUCCUCGUCCCAAUGCCUUUGUCAUAGAGAGGACACAGGAUGGCAGGAUUUGGCAGCCUGCUCUCUACUUGGCCAAAGACUGUGGAAAAUCAUUCCCUGGUGUUCCCACAACAACUCCUCUCACCCUGGAUCAGACAUACUGCCACACUCUGCCCCCUGUUGGGCUGAAUCCAUACCAGGACCACAGGAUUGAGUUCAGUCCAUUGCGUCAGUAUAUCUUUGUCUCUGCUCCCGACAGCAGAAAAAUCGAAGAUGUGUCGGGGAUGACAGGACUGAGGCUGAGGCUGACCGAGUUGGGAGAUGUUCCUGCUCUACCAGGCAGAGCCCUCAGUAGGUUUUAUGCCCUGAAAGAGAUGAGGGUGAUGGGCAGCUGUAUGUGCCACGGACAUGCUGACCGAUGUCUGCCGGAGGAAUACAACAACCUGCCAUCCAACACCGUGCAGGUGGAUCCUCGGUGUGACUGCCAGCACAACACAGCAGGUGUGAACUGUGAGCGCUGUGCUGAUUUCUACAACGAUCUACCCUGGAGACCUGCAGCGGAGGGCCACACUCAUUCCUGCAAACGCUGCAAUUGUAACAACCAUGCCCAGCGCUGUCACUUCGACCAGGCGGUGUAUGAGGCCAGUGGGUGGACCAGCGGAGGGGUCUGUGAGGGUUGUAUGCACCACACCACAGGACCAAAGUGUGACCAGUGUGUCCCUGGCUACCAACCAAACCCCUACAGCCGGAUGGACCGCCCUGAUGCAUGCAUACGCUGCACCUGCAGCAAUGAGGGGACAUUGAAUGGGGCCCGAUGUGAGGACAACUCAGGCUCCUGUCUCUGCAAAGCAAACGUGGAGGGUCCUCGUUGUGACCGCUGUAAGAGAGGAUACUACGGCCUGAGUGUAUCCAACCCUGAAGGCUGCAACAAGUGUUCCUGUUCUCCAGACGGCUCGCUGUCUCAGGAGUGCAACCCGGUGACCGGUCAGUGCCCCUGCCGCCCCCACAUCCAUGGUCUGACCUGCGACGUCUGUUCAGAAGGAUACUGGAAACCAUUCCCAUCAGAAAGCUGCAAACCUUGUGACUGUGACCCUACCAGGUCAAUACGUGACAGCUGUGACCAGCUGACAGGUCAGUGUCAGUGUAGAGCGGGCUUUGGAGGCCGAACAUGUUCCACAUGCCCAGACGGAACAUAUGGAGACCCUCUGAUAGGCUGCCAGCCAUGUCCAUGUGAUGCUGAGGGAACCCUUCCACAAGUUUGCAACAAGCAGACCGGGGUCUGUUUGUGUCGGCCGGGCAUAACUGGAGCUCGCUGUGACUCCUGCAGCUCAGGACACUGUGACUCCUUCCCCGCCUGCAAGCUCUGUCCAUCCUGCUUCUUCCAGCUGGACUUCCAGAGAAAAAACAUGAGCGUAGCUCUGGAGAGACUUUCUCCCAGGUUCCCCUCUCGUCCUGGAGGGGCUGGCGAUCCUGGAAACUUUGGUCCACGUAUCCGGGCUCUUGAGGCCAGCCUGAACCUGAUCAGGAACUCUGUCUCCCUUCCACCUGCUACUGUUAGAGAAGUUGAUGAAGCUCUGUCUGAGCUGGAGAGGCUCAGGGACAAGUUGGACAAGGUUGAUAAAGACCUUUCUCCUAUGGAAAAAGAUCCCGGUUUGGACUUGGAGUUGGACAAACUGCGAGCUCUCCUGGACAGCCUCUCUUUGGUUUACAAAGCUAAGAAAGAUGCUAUGGAGAACUCCAUUAGCCCAGACAAUUCAGGGGCAUUUACUGUCAUCAAGAAUGCCUACGAUGAGUCUACAGAUGCAGCCAAGAAGGCGAAUGCCAGCGAAAACGUGGUGAAGGAGGCAGCUAAUUUCAGAAAAGAGGCAGAAGACAUUCAGAAUCAAGUUCAGCCAGUUAACACCAGAGAUCUGAGCAAACUGAAUCAGAGCAUGGCCUCCCAACCAGACCUCACCCCUGCUGCCAAAAAGGUGUGUGGCAGCCUUCGAUCAGAGCCCUGCACCCCCCUCCAGUGCAGCGGCGCAGAUCUGUGCCCACCCGCUGGAGGCCCGCUUUGUGAAAAAGGGGCAGAGUGUGUGGGUGGUCUGCCUUUGAGCAAAAGGGCAAAUGCUGACGUUCAGGAUGUGAAGGAACGGCUGGACAACAUCACCAGGAAGAUCACAGAGGCAACCGAGAUGCUCCAAAAAGCAAAAGAGGCGACGGAUCAGGUGAGACAGUCUGCAAAGAGGCUGUCUGAUGACAUGAAACAGCCCAGAAAGGACAUAGAAAACGACUUAAAGGACACACAGAUGGUUGUGAAGGAGCUGAAAGACUUCCUGUCAGACCCAUCGUCUAACUUGACACAAAUCCAGGAGGUGAGUGACUGGAUCCUGAAGACCGGGCUGCCCCUCAGUCUGGCUGUUCUGAAGGAAAAGCUGAAGGAGCUGAAAGAGCUGGCAGAGAAUCUACCAAACAGCACGGCUGUGCUGAAGGAGGCUGAACCACAGCUGGAAGCAGCCAGGAAACUGCUGGAGGAGGCCCAGAAUGCCAGGGACAUCGCACUUGGAGUGAAGGCUGAUGUGGACAAACUGCUGAGCAGCUUCGGCUCAGCUGAAGACUCCCUCUCUGACCUGGAGAACAAACUGCAAGACAGCAUGGAUCUCAUUGACAGCAUCAACAAAAACCUGACGCAGUCCAAAAACCAGCUGGUCCCGGCAGAGGAGGCACUGGAUGAUAUAUCAAAACUGAUAGAGCCGAUGAAACCUAAACUGGACGAGCUAAAAAAGCUACUCCAAAAUGGAAGCCAGCAGGCCCAGGAUGCUGAGGAAGAUGCAGGCAAAGCUGAGGAAGAAGCAGCUGCAGCAGCUGAGGAUCUGAUGACUUUGGAGAAGCAGCUCGAUCAACUUAAAGAAAAAGGAGUCCCUGGAGCAGCUGGAGAGGCAGGUCCUGUGGAAGAUCGAUUGGCGAAACUGCAGGAGGAUGCCGGCGCUCUGGUUAACACCACUGACAACAUGAUGAAGAGCCUGGAGGGAAAAGCAGAUUCCCUCAGAAAGCUGCAGGAUGAGAUUCUUCAGAAAUCAUCAAAGCUUGAAGGACUCGACACCAAGCUGCAAGACCUGCUGGGACAACUUCAAAAGAAAGCCAGAGACCUGAGUUCUUGCCAGGGCUGAGACACCUGUGCAGCUUUUUCCUGUGUCUGCACAUUUCUCUCAACCACACACCAAAUCUAGCGGAAAGCCAGAGCCGCUGAUGGAUUCACUUAUUCUGCAGAAUGCAGCAGAUAUGAAACAUGAUCUGAAAUAAUGGCUCAAUCUGUCUGAUUACUGAAUAUGAGAAUAAAAAUCAUUCUAUUGACUUUAUUUAUGUAGCACCAGUUCACAACACGAAGCACUGUUAACAUGCUCUUUAUUAGUCCAGUUAAACCCAGAUGGAAUCCAAUUUAUUAUAGUCCAGUUCAACCCAAUUUAACCUCAUUCUUUGUAGUUGUAUUAAUUUAUCUGGAGGUAUCUGUUGUAGAUCCUUUAACUCAACAUUUCUAAAACUGUCAUGUUGUUCUUUCUAAUGAAACUGCAAACUGAAUGUGUAUCAGCUGUAUCACAGGGUGUUGAUUAUGCUAUGAAAAAAUCUGACAAACAUAAUUCUUCUUUAAGAAGCGUAAUUCAUCAAACUCAGUAAACAGCAGGUUCUUCCAGUUAAAUACAACCAGAAGAACUGACUUGGACGCAGGAAAACUUCAAGAAAUAUAUAACAGUAAGAAAGUAAUUUUGUAGCAGUGUCAAAAUUUUCUAUAAUUAAAAUCAACAACCAAAUGAUGCAGAUUUUAUUUAUUCUGUGGGUUUUUAUGGUUACAUGUUGUAAGAAAACAUUGUGAAUUUGUAGUUUGCACAGUUUGGAAUAAAAAUCUUGUUUACAGUAAAGUUUGUUUUUAUUCCAGCACAGCUGUGCAGCUGCUGACUCAACACAAAGACGCAGGACAUUGAGUUACUACUUAUUUAUUGAGAAAAGAAUACAUAAAAAAGAAAAUGCAUAUCACUAGAGAGUCU